UCUUGCAGCAACAGAUUCUAAAAAUGAAAAUGAGGAAGACAUGAAAGACACUUGUAGUUUUUAUAUUUCUGCAAGAUUUGAGUCACACAGUGUUAUUGUGUGUGUGUGUAUGUGUAUGUGUGUGUGUGUGUGUGUAUUUGUGCAUGUGAAAUAAGAAGGAAAAGUCCCGCUCUGAAGAUCUCCUUUAGUGUUUGUUGCUGGGGAGAAGCAGACAGGACAACUGAACACAGAAGACUACGCUGAAGCAAGAAUGUUUGCUCUUUUCUCUCUAAUCGGUCUGCUUGUGAUCCCAGGAAUGUGUAGCCAAAACUGGACAGUGAAGUAUUCACACAGCGUAAAAUGUGUCGUGAAGGGCUCAACCACACGUCUGUCCAGCAGUUACACCUAUCCUUAUGGUCUCAAUAUAAUCAAGAUAUUUUGGACCAUAGAUCCAGUAAAAGAUGAGGAUCUGUCUGAAGUACCAGAAUAUAAAGGCAGAUUUAAGUACAUUCUGGAUAAGAAACAAAACGUAAUUCUCAGACUGAGUAAUAUAACAGAUGAGGAUGAACAUGUGUACUACAUGAAAAUCGUGACAAAUGUAGAAAAAGAAAAAUAUUUGGGUUAUCCUGGAAUUCAGCUCAAUGUGACAGGGCUCAGGGUUGAGAUUCACAAUGAGGGAAAUUCUGCAGUUUUAUUUUGUAAAACCACAUGCAACCUUACAAGCAGCACAAACUUUAUCUGGUAUAAAAACAAAAGUCCUUUAUCAGAAUCAUUCAGUAAUAAACUGAAACUGCAGUCUGUGAGCAGUGAUGAUGAAGGAGACUACAGCUGUGCUGUGAGAGGACAUGAACAUCUGAAAUCUCCAGCUGUCACACUGAGGAUUCUUACAGAAAACAGCCCAACUAUGGGAGUGAUACUGGCUGUUGUCAUCACAUCUGUAUCUGUGAUACUAUUGGUUGUUAUUGGGAUCUGUAUCAGAAGGAAAAAAACGACAUCAGCCGUUCAAAACAACACAAAUCUACAGCACCAUAUAACGAUGAAGUCUUCUGAAGAGACUUACAUGACCCUUGACCCCAACACCACAAGUGCUGAUUAUGACACACUGGAUAAUGUAAGAAAAUCCACUGAUAAGAGAUAACCUUGAAAGCACACAGCUGCCAUCAAAAACAGCUGGAGAGGACAGAAGAAGAUAUAAUGACAUUAAACACUGGAUGCUUGUUUUAGUGAAUAGUGAAAAGUUAAGGUCUAGUAGCAAGUAGUGCAAUUUAAGUUCAUUCAUAUCAGCAUCAUCUAUGCUAGAAAUACAAUAUUUUUGUAUUUUUCAAUUUUAAAGGGGGCAUAUUAUUUGACACUUUUGGUGUCCCAAGAGUGUGUCCAUGUAGGAACAACACACCAUAACACGACUUGCCGUGAGACUAACGAAAAUUUUGAUUAAUUUAUUUGUGUUUGAUGACACGAAUUUCCGCUGUUUUUGUGUCUCUGGAGACGAAUGUCUUUUUCAUCCUUCCCAGCACAAAUUUCUAUCAAUGGCUGUUCGUGUUUGUGACAUGACUUUCUUUAUCGUGUCAUUUUAUAUGUAGUUUUCUCAUCGUUUUUUCCUAUUUUUAAAUCAUUGUUGCUUGGGGUUAGGGUUAGAUUCUGGGUUUGCAUUAGGAUGUAAUUGUAUGCAUUGGUUUCUACAUGUUUUUCGUCCGCUUUUAAAACUAUUCUCGUCUGGAGUUGGGGUUAGAGUUGGGGUUUGGGUUAGGAAGUUGCUGAAAGUGAUUCUAACCCAAACCUCAAGUGACAAUGGUCAGAAAAUAGAAAACAAUGAUGAAAAAACAAAAAAUAAAAUGACACAAUAAAGUAAGUUGUGUCACAGACACGAACAGCCAUUGAUAGAAAUUCAUGCUGGGAAGGACGAAAAAGACAUUCGUCUCCAGAGACACGAAAAACACCGGAAAUUCGUGUCAUCAAACACGAAUAAAAUAAUAAAAAAUUUCGUUACUACAACAUGACUUACCGUGAGACUUUGUGAGUAAAAUGUGCCACUUUUGGGUGUGUCCUUUAUAAUGCAAAAUGUUGAAUAAUGCAGAUUAAGGGACAGUAUUGUUUUAAUAAAAUCCCCUUUUGACAUCACAAUAGGGAGCUAAAAUUCAAUUACCUAUUAACAUGCUUGUACAGAAUGGUUUACCAAAACAAAGUUACUGGGUUGAUCUUUUUCACAUUUUCUAUGUUGAUAGAAGCACUGGGGACACAAUUAUAGCACUUAAACAUGGAAAAAGUCAGAUUUUCAUGAUAUAUCCGCUUUAAUGAGGAUUGUUGUCAAGAUAUGUCACUAACAUUGUGUAGCUACUGAUAUCUGCCUCUAGAUGUCAGGUGGGUAAUAGUUGAUUUUGGUGUAAGUGAAGGUGUAAAGUGAACUGUUCGAUUAUUAUUUACUCAACAGUACUUUGAGUUUCUGUAUUUGAAAAUAAUAAAGCAUUAAGAUAUUUAUUGACAAAUCUGUCCUUUAACUUGUGUCUUUAUCAUGUGUUUUAAGUUUUUUAAGUAUCAUGUUGAAAGGCCCCCUUUCCCCCCCACCUUCUUCUUCAAUUCACUAUGACUGUGGGCAGAGUUAUUUUUGGCUUUGCAAUUGUUUGUUCAGCUCCAACCCCAAACAAACACUAAUGAGCUGAUCCAGGGUUUUAGGAUAACUUGAUAAAUAACAGGUAGGUUUUACA